GCGCGCCAGGGCUCCGCUCCGCGCCGCCACGCAGCGCCAUGGAGACCGGCAGCAAGAUGACAGCUCGCCUGAUGCUGGCAGUGGGAGGAGCAGUGCUGGGUUCCCUGCAGUUUGGCUAUAACACUGGUGUCAUCAAUGCCCCACAGAAGGUGAUUGAAGACUUCUACAACCGCACCUGGUUCUACCGAUACGAUGAGUCUAUCAGCCCCGCUACCCUCACCACGCUCUGGUCCCUCUCCGUCGCUAUAUUCUCCGUUGGAGGCAUGGUUGGAUCCUUCUCCGUGGGGCUUUUUGUCAAUCGCUUUGGCCGGCGAAAUUCCAUGCUGAUGUCCAACGCUCUCGCCUUCUUGUCUGCUAUCCUCAUGGGCUUCUCCAAGAUGGCCUACUCCUUCGAGAUGCUCAUUCUUGGCCGCUUCAUCAUCGGCCUCUAUUCUGGCCUCACCACUGGCUUUGUGCCCAUGUACGUGGGUGAGGUGUCACCAACCGCACUGCGGGGUGCCCUGGGAACCUUCCACCAGCUUGGCAUCGUCCUGGGCAUUCUUAUCGCGCAAGUGUUUGGGUUGGACUUAAUCAUGGGAAAUGAAUCACUCUGGCCGCUGCUCCUGGGAUUCAUCUUUGUCCCUGCCCUGCUGCAAUGCAUCAUCUUGCCCUUCGCUCCUGAGAGCCCCCGCUUCCUGCUGAUCAACCGCAACGAGGAGAACAAAGCCAAGAGCGUCCUAAAGAAGCUCCGGGGCACAACGGACGUCAGCAGCGACCUCCAGGAGAUGAAGGAGGAGAGCCGGCAGAUGAUGAGGGAGAAGAAGGUCACUAUAAUGGAGCUCUUCCGCUCCCCCAUGUAUCGCCAGCCCAUCCUCAUCGCAAUCGUGCUGCAGCUGUCCCAGCAGCUCUCGGGCAUCAAUGCGGUUUUCUACUAUUCCACCAGCAUCUUUGAGAAGUCAGGUGUGGAGCAGCCUGUCUACGCUACCAUCGGCUCCGGGGUGGUGAAUACAGCUUUCACGGUUGUUUCGCUCUUUGUGGUGGAGCGGGCCGGACGCAGGACCCUUCACCUCAUCGGCUUGGCAGGGAUGGCGGGGUGUGCAGUGCUCAUGACCAUUGCCCUGACGCUGCUGGACCAAAUGGCCUGGAUGUCCUACCUCAGCAUCGUUGCCAUCUUCGGGUUCGUGGCCUUCUUUGAGAUCGGUCCAGGCCCCAUCCCCUGGUUUAUCGUGGCAGAACUGUUCAGCCAAGGUCCUCGUCCUGCUGCCUUCGCGGUCGCCGGGUUGUCUAACUGGACCUCGAACUUCAUCGUGGGCAUGGGCUUCCAGUACAUUGCGCAACUCUGCGGCUCCUACGUCUUCAUCAUCUUCACGGUGCUGCUUGUCCUCUUCUUCGUCUUCACCUACUUCAAGGUGCCAGAGACGAAGGGCCGGACCUUCGACGAGAUCGCGUCUGGCUUCCGUCAGGGGGGCGCAAGCCAGAGCGACAAGACCCCGGACGAAUUUCACAGCUUGGGUGCCGACUCCCAGGUCUAACCAGCCCGCGGCUCGUCCCGUCUCCUCCGAGCCUCCUAACUUCUCUCCUGAGUGUUUUUAAUGCUUGUACAGAAACCAGGAAGGAGGGAGCGGGGGGUCUGGCUCUUGUGCAUAUGUUCCUUCUCCAGACCUCCCCCACUGGCCGCCUGGUUUAUCAGUGACAGACUGACAUAUUUUUUGCUAGGAAUGAUUUUAGCUGGUUUUAUGUCCAGGAUUUCAAAGCCAAUAGAUUCAGAAGCAAUGACUAAUGUUUUAAAACCAACCAAGCAGUGUCCUCCAGCCUCAGUGAGCAGGAGGGCAGCUCCCUUUUUAAUAAGGUGAUAGAUUAUUUAAGGAGAAAUCACAUAGAGGAAGUUUUUAAAGCUGGAAACUUUUUAAUGUUCUAAUCAUAGAAAAACAAAUCACAUAAUUUGACUAAGUGUAAAACAACAAAGAGGCGUUUUUUAAGAAAAUUUUUAAACAAGUUAUUUUUUAAAAGUCUGAGAUUUCAACCCCUGCCAUGGAUUCAUGGAUCGGGAUUCCCUGCCCUCCGGGAGCGGGGGGAGCCUUGGGGCAGAGCGGAGUGGGAAGGGCUGUAGACAGAGGGCCGCUCCUGUGCGGCCGCGGUCGGGCGCUGGACCCGAGUGUGUCCGAGGAGAAGGUUGGAAAGGUCAGGAGUACGGUGGCAGGCCGCAGAGCGCCGCCUCCCUCUGUACAGUCUCCGGCAGCAGCUCCCCGACUUUGCUCGUUGAGGGCUCUGUCUCCGGCCUCGUACGCUUCCUCGCCUGAAUUAGCCGUUCUUUUGCCGGCCGCCUGCGCCGGGUGGGCCGAGGCGUCCUACGGGGCGCGGAGCGGCCACCCAGCAGGAGGGCAGGGUGUCUUUUGGGGUGUAACCUUGGCAAUAUUUGCCUCAUCGGUCAAUCGUGGCACAAGGCGCUGGCAGACAGGAGCGGGGAGAGACCUCCCUACGGAAAACCCGGUGGCAAACAGCGAAAAGGAAGAGCAGCCCUGGCCUUCCCCGGCGCGACGGCGCCCCGAGAAGCCGAAGCGAUACGUUCGCAGGAGCGGCUGACGGCCCCGUGCUACAGAAAACCCACCCGUCGCUAUCACGUCAAGUCCCGGACUCACAGAAAUUCAUCAUUUGGAUACCUACAUUUCCUGCUCUGUGUAUAGACUGGAAGAUAUUUAUAUAUAUAUAUUUUUGUUCAAUGGUGUUAAUAGUAGACAUUAAGUUAUAGCGUUUCUGAUUGACAAGCAAAGUGCUGUAAAUAUUCUUGAAGUAUAUUCACAUUGUAUAAUGUAUACAAAAAGGUACAGAUACAAGGGUAUAGUUUCUAUAGCAACUGUAAGAAAGGCUUGUACAUGGUUAGGAUGACUUUUGUAUAGUUAAUUACCUGCACUGUAGUUGUAUCUAUUGCACUGAAUUUUAGUCUUUAGUAUAUUAAAAACAAGAAAUACA